AUGUCCCUUGGUAUAUUUCCAAUUAUAUCUUCAUCGUGUCUUCAUUGCUAUGAUGUGCCAGGUCUAGACGCCGAACUCUACUACGUGAGAGAAGGCGUAGUUAAUAAAUACGCGACCGGCUUCACAGUGCCCGUACCGGCGCACAUUGCAGACUUGGAGUUCAUGUGGCAAGCGUUAGGCGGGAGACCGCUACCGUACGUGAUGGGUAUAGACUACGAGAGCCGAGGCGCCAUGUUGCCGCCGCAAGUCAAUAUAUCUGAACGAGGGUUUGUGCCUACCACCCUGCAGACUUUUAGGGUUCGUUUGCCGUGCUCUGGUACCAGGAGCGCAGAGAUCCUUGUGACUAUGCAACUCAACAUCUCGGCGCCUGAUCGAGCGCAUAAAGACGUGCGAUUGGUAUUCAAAAGGAACAAGAUUUGUUUAAAAGGUCUAUCAACAGUAGUUACUCACAACGAGACGGCCCGGCUUGCUGGUGAUGCGUCUCAGAACUCUAGUGGUGUGUUAUUUGCCGCCGGUGGCUGUGCAGCGGCUGCGUUAGCGCUGCUGACCGCUGCAGCAGCUGCAGGCACCCUUUAUAAGAGAGGCAGUAAAGCGAGGCACCAUGAUUCUAUACACACAUCAUACACGACGGCUGCGUACGGGAGUCAUCAGAACGUUCUUUUAAGGCUCGAUACUUUAGGAAGGCCGCCGAGUUCGACAGGAUCUUAUGCCACAAUCGCCAGCUUGCAUAAGUUUCCUUUUGGCAGUCGUCGAUCACCGUCCCCUUAUGCAACUACACAUAUAGGGGAACAUGUAUAUGCAAAGCCAGAGUCAAGAGUAUCGUAUUAUGCUGCGUCUAAUCUCACACACAUUUCACAACAAACAAUAACCAAAGACCGUAUAACGGAUCCUGCAGAACAGCUCCGACUCCUAACAACUCCUCGCUCCAACAUUCGGUUAGAGAUCCUCGUCCAUGAAGGUACCUUCGGCAGGGUCUACAAAGGAGUGUUCAAGAAAGGAGACACGUAUGAAGAAGUAGUUGUCAAGACUGUUACAGGCCACCAGGCGGCCCCGGCUACAAGAGAGUUAGUGGACUUAGGAGCUCAAGUGGCCUGUGGCCUCGCGUACUUGCAUGUUCAGCGAUUAGUACAUGCUGACAUAGCCGCCAGGAAUUGUGUGGUGGACGAGAAAUUAAGGCUGAAGGUGACAGACAAUGGUCUAUCAAGGGAUCUGUUUCCUGAUGACUACCAUUGUUUGGGGGACAAUGAGAACCGCCCCGUCAAAUGGAUGGCUCCUGAGACACUGCUCCAAAAUCAGUACACUACAGCUUCUGAUGUGUGGUCAUUAGGAAUAACUUUAUGGGAAUUGGCAACUCUUGGUGCGUCGCCAUUGGCUGAGCUCGAUGCAGCUGACGUUGGAGCGUUUCUCAGUGGAGGGUACCGACCUUCACAACCGCACAACUGCCCUGAUGAACUGUACGGCUUAAUGUCUUGGUGCUGGACCCUGGCUCCUCCUGCUAGACCAACGGCACCUCAGCUCCUUGCAGCCCUUCACGACUUCAGGCAAGCCCUUAGCACCUACAUCUAG